CAGUAACCUAGUUGUUCAUUAUUUUUGGCAGCCAUUCAAAUUAUUGGUGGCUUCAAAUUGACCUCGCAUAUACAUGCUUAUAACCUCCAUAUAUAGUUUCUGUUUUAUCUCAUUCCCCCAAUUGUUUGCAGGCGCUUUAAAACGGAAAAUUGCUGCAUCUGAAUCUGGGUUUUCAAAGAGAUAGGGCAUCGCUUCAUUGAUAUGGUUCAGCCAUGUUAGCUGUUUAUUCCUCGGGUGCUAUCAACAAAUUCCACAUUCCUUUUAGCUUCACUGCCACUUCGCGCGGAUACAGAACCACGCCUUUUGGUUAUUUGAUUAGUAGUUGUUCUGUCUUCUCGGGAUCAAGAUUUCCUUGGUACAAUGUGGAGUGUUACCACUUAUCUUUCUCUCCACAUGGUCAAACUCAUCACCGAAAGAGAUGGAUGUUUUAUUGUUCACGCAACAACUCCGAUGAAGAGUACCGUUCAUCACGCAACAUAGCUAUAAGUCUUUUAAAACGUUACAGGACCGUGAUUGAACGCGGUCAAGGCGAAACCUUAAAAGAAUUCAUCUCUGCUGGUGUGAACGCAUACGCGCUCGGUUGUACAGAUGAAGAUUUGAGAAAAGAACUUAUGGCUAUGAAAGAAUCAGGUUUAGAGAUCGAACGAGUCGAGAGUUACCAGGUCCAAGGAAGUACACAAACCAAGUCCAAGAUUUUGCUGUCCGAGGUAGAUCAAUGUAUAUUGUGGCUUAGAAUUGUAUUCAUCACAAUCUUAUGUACGCCACAACACACGAUCGUGAGAUGGUCAUCGACUCCUUCGGUUUCAGAAGAAACUCUAAGCAAAUGGAGAGGCUUUUGCGCGGUUAUAGCCAAUGCAUACUAUAUUAGGGGAAUGGCAUGGCUUCCGGUGAAGACUCUUCAGUUGGAGCAGAUGGCAGUGAUGGGACAAGCAGAGGAUCCAUCAGUUGUGGCUAGCCGAAUGCGACUGGUCUUUAGCACUCUCGAGGUUGUGAGUCCACAGUGGCCACGGGUUUGAGCGCAUAAACCAGAUUAAAAGGAAAGAGUAUUUAAUUAUGUUAUUACAUUUCUUCGAUACAGUCAUACAGAGCUGGGUUUGUACACUUACAUUAAAAUAACCAUUACUGGAUAAAUCCACUCAGAAAUAGGGAUUACGUUUGCGUGACCUGUCUAAGGAAUUAUCUAAGAGUGGAAAAUCUAAGUGAUGAUUAACUAUGGAAA